UAAUAACAUAGGUCAAUGGUCAUAGACUUAAUAACAAUGAACAGCUGUUAAAAUUUUUGGGUACAUAAAAUUAAAUAAUAAUUGUAAAUUACUUGAUUAAUUGUUUGUUUUUUUUUACGUAGAACUUGUUAAAAAUGCUCUUAAAAUUAUGCUUAAAAGUAAAUAUAUAAUUAAUAGCAUACUUAAUACUGUCUGCAAACAUAAUGUAAUUCUCCGUCGCCGAUUGCCGCUAUGUCAGAAAAAUUGUCGAUAUUGCACAACCUCUAAUGAGCAAGAUGCAGAGAAGGAGCGAGAAAUCGAAAGAAUAAAAGCCAAUGCUUCUCUAGAUGAACCGCCAACAGCCUGUUGUCAAUCUGGUUGUGCUAAUUGUGUAUUCAUAGUAUGGGCUGAAGCACUUUCUAAAAAAAUGGAACAUGCUGGACCAGAUAUUGCAGAAAGAAUUGUAAAAAUGGUGGAUGAUCCAUCAAUGAGAGCCUAUUUGGAGUUGGAGCUACGUUUAAGAGGUCUUAAGAAAUAAUGUGAUUGUACAUAGUUUUAGUUAUGAUAGAUAUUAAAAUUAUAUUUCUUUGC